AUGAAACAUAAUAUAUUUAUUUUAAUUUUGUUGUGUUUAGCUAACACAUUAGAACAAUGGGAUAUUAUAUACCAAAGCUUUCAAGAUACUAACACAAUGGAUACAUCUGGCUGGAUUUUAAGUAAUAAUUAUAAUGGAUUGACAUUUUCAACUUGUGCUGGUUCUAGAUUGUAUGGGGGAUAUAAUUUAUUUGGAGCAAAUACAAUAUUAUCCAAGCUGUUUUCCUUACCUCCUCAUUAUAAAAUAAAUCUUACUUUUGAAUUUUGGAAAAUUGAUAGUUGGGAUGCUGAAUAUGUCUAUAUGUUUGUAGAUGAUAAAUCAUUUACAAAAGUUUAUCAAUUUUGGGAAGGGGACUCAUUAUGUGGAAUGUCAACUGAGAAGGAUUUAGUUGAAAUUAUAACCUUUAAUAUGAAUCAUACCCUAGAAUCAUUAAUUAUUUUAAUAACUUCAAAUCUUAAUCAACCUCCAACAGAUGAAAGUUGGGGAAUCAGAGAUUUUACUUUGUCAAUUGUAAAAUGUCCUUCUGGUUGUUUAUAUUGCUCAGACGAUAUUUUUGAUAAUUGCUACUAUUGGAUUUGGUUUUUAUCACUGUGGCAAUCAUCAAUAGCGCUUAAUGGAUGGAUCAAAAAUGUUAAUAGCUCGCCUAUACCAUCUAAAUGUGUAAGCUUUGAUAUUGCUGGAGGACAGUUUUAUUUGGCACCAGGUGAUAAAUUAGAAAAAACUAUACCAAACUUGAGUCCUCAUUAUACAAUUUAAAUAAAUUUAUAACUUUUUAAAAUUGAUACAUGGAAUAAUGAAAACUUUGAGUUACUGGUAGAUGAUUAAAUUUAUAAUUAAACGGUUUUAAAAAGUACAGGUGUCUAUUCUAUUUGUGGAUACACUGGAUUAGAAAGAAUAGUUAACAUUGGAAUUACUUUACCUCAUUCAUCAUCAUCAUGCAAAAUAACUAUGAGAACUAAUUAGUAUUCGGCAUCUGUAAGUGCAUAUUGGGGAAUAAGAGCAUUUACUCUAUAUCUUGCAAAAUGUUGUAAUGGUUGCGAUCAAUGUCUCGGUCCUUUAAAAACAGAUUGUACUCAUUGUUCAAGUGGAUGGAUCACUUACAACAAUCUAUGCAUUAAUUCACCUUUUUAUCUUUUAUCAUAAGUUUUAAUUAAUUAAGUUCAAGAUCCACAUUCAGAUGAGAGAAUUCCUAUAGAGAUCAAUAUACUAGAAACUAAUUAAUAAAUAGUUACUUAAGGAACAUUCACAUAUUCAAUUAAUAAUAGUUAAAAAAUAUUGAAUUUUCGAAUAUAUGUAAAAUGCUAUGCUAAUAAAAAAUUUUAAAGCUAUUUUAUAAAAUGCUUCCAAUGCCAGUCUUAAAUUGAGUAAUAAUUUUCCGAUGUUUGCUAUGGGGCUAACACUUUUAUAAUUUAUAAUGCUAGAUUUUAAGUUUCAGAAUAAGAUUUAAUAAUUAACACAUCUAAUACUGAAUGCUCAAUUUAUUAAGUAGCAACUGCUGCUAAUGAGUCAGUUCAAAUUAAAAUAUUAGAAAUUUUAUAACAAAAUGUUUGA